UGGCAAUCACAGGCUGGAGAUCAGCUAGGGGCUGGCAAGCUGCAAGGUGGCCAGUGCAGAUCUGGGGGCGUCUGCAGACAGAGAGAAUAAGGAACGAACAGCACCCCAGCCCCAUUCACACUCUGAGAAUGAGGCAUUUCUGCAGGUAGCAGUGAAUGAUCCAUCUGGUGCAAAGGUUCCAUUCCCCAGUGCUGCAAUCACUAUAUUCUGGGACAAAGGAUAACGAUUGUCGGCAGCCUUGGGCACAGGGAAACAAAAAACAAAGAGAUUUUCUUGGCCUUCCGAAGAUGGGUUGUAAAAUGGAUUAACAUUUGUAGAAUAUUUUCCUUUGUGGAACACUGUGUGGCCUGGAAAAUGAUCUGAUAUGAGCCUGUUGCUACACUAAUACUGUUUGGACCUUUCAAAAUGAGUUCGGAAGAGAAAGGUGUGUCUCCAGCACACAAAACAUCUACACCAACGCACAAAAGUGCCUCCUCUUCAUCCUCUUCACAAAGGGACAGCCGGCAGGAAGCAGACAGCUGGGAAAUCAUCGAGGGGUUGAAGAUAGGACAGACGAGUGUCCAAAAGCCUGAAAAACAUGAAGGAUUUAUGCUAAAGAAAAGGAAAUGGCCACUGAAAGGCUGGCACAAGAGAUUUUUUGUACUGGAAAAUGGUAUAUUGAAGUAUUCAAAAUCUCCAAUUGAGACUCAGAAAGGAAAACUUCAUGGAAGUAUAGAUGUCGGCUUGUCUGUUAUGUCCAUCAAGAAGAAAGCUCGAAGAAUAGACUUGGACACGGAGGAGAAUAUUUACCAUCUUAAGGUGAAAUCUCAGGAUACCUUUGAUGCCUGGGUAACAAAAUUACGCCAUCACAGACUUUAUCGGCAGAAUGAAAUCGUGAGAUCACCAAGAGACGCCAAUUUCCAUGUUUUUCCUUCAGCAUCGACUACUGAGUCCUCACCAGCAGCAAACAUUACAGUGCCAGAGGGAAAGAUGCCCCAGAAUAGCUUCUUGUGGCAAUCCCCCAUCCCAUGCAGCAGUCUGCCAGCGACAUGCUCAAGUGGUCAAAGUAAGGUGGCAGCGUGGUUACAAGACUCUGAGGAAAUGGAUAAAUGUGCAGAAGAUCUGUCACAGUGUCAGUCCAACCUGAUUGAGCUUAGCAAGCUGCUUCAUAACCUUGAAAUACUACAAAGGACCCAAUCUGCUCCCAAUUUUAUUGACAUGCAGGCUAACUGUGUAGAUAUUUCAAAGAAAGACAAGCGUACGGCAAGGAGGUGGAGAACAAAAAGUGUCAGCAAAGAUGCAAAAUUACAACUUCAGGUACCACUAAGUGCGUCAAUGUCACCAAUUCGCUUGCACGCCUCUAACCCAAACCUCUGUGCAGAAGUCGAAUUUCCAAAUCCUCCAACUCAAGUGGCUGAUGCCCUGGAGUUUGCAUCUGAUUACACCAAACUGCAGGAAGAGUUUUGUCUGAUGGCACAAAAAGUGCAUUCCCUUUUGAAAUCUGCCUAUAACACGAUUGCCAUCGAGAAGGAGAAGAUGAAACAGAUGGCUUCCGAGCAGGAUUACAGUAGCCACAAUGCACAGAUUGCCUGCCUCAGACAGUCGCUCUCUCAGGCACUGAACCACAAUUCUGAGCUGAGAACGCGACUCAACAGAAUACACUCGGAGUCCAUUAUUUCUGAGCAAGUUGUUAGUGUAAACAUUAUCUCAAGUCCAAAUGAGACCGUCGAGCAACUUCACGUAAGCCUGCCCUUGUCCCAGCAGAUGUCUACUGAGGGUAGAAUCUCUAUGUCUGAGUCCGUGUCCGAAUUUUUUGAUGCACAAGAAGUUCUACUCUCUGCCAGUUCUUCAGAGAACGAGGCAUCAGAUGACGAAUCAUAUAUCAGUGAUGUCAGUGAUAACAUCUCAGAAGACAACACCAGUGUGGCAGAUAACGUAUCUCGUCAAAUUCUCAAUGGAGAAUUAUCAGGAGGAGCAUUCAGAACCGGACGAAGGACUUCCUUACCUGCUCCAUCCCCUGACACCAGCAAUAUUAAUUUGUGGAAUAUCUUAAGAAAUAACAUUGGGAAAGAUCUGUCCAAGGUCUCCAUGCCGGUGGAAUUAAAUGAACCUCUGAAUACCUUACAGCACCUCUGCGAGGAACUGGAAUACAGUGAGCUUCUAGAUAAGGCUUCAGAGAUGGAUGAUCCUCAUGAACGCAUGGCUCUUAUAGCUGCUUUUGCAGUCUCAGGUUACUCCUCUACUUACUACCGAGCAGGAAGCAAACCAUUUAAUCCUGUGCUUGGGGAGACUUAUGAAUGCAUAAGAGAGGACAAAGGAUUCCGGUUCCUAUCUGAACAAGUUAGCCAUCACCCUCCGAUAUCUGCCUGUCACUGUGAGUCCAAAAACUUUGUCUUCUGGCAAGAUGUGAGAUGGAAAAACAAGUUUUGGGGGAAAUCAAUGGAAAUACUGCCUUUUGGAACCGUGAACAUGUCAUUACCAAAAUAUGGAGAUUGUUACGUCUGGAACAAAGUUACUACGUGUAUACACAACAUCCUCAGUGGAAGAAGGUGGAUAGAACAUUAUGGUGAAAUCACUAUUCGGAACACAAGAAGCAGUGUUUCGAUGUGCAAAAUGACAUUCAUUAAGGGGAAUUAUUGGAGCUCCAGUGUAAAUGAGGUCCAUGGCGUAAUAAUGGAUCAAGAGGGAAAAGUUGUGCAUCGUCUGUUUGGGAAGUGGCACGAAGGGCUUUACUGUGGGAAUGCCCCGGCAGCCAAAUGCAUAUGGAGGCCAGGUUCUAUGCCAACCAACUAUGAACUCUAUUAUGGCUUCUCAAGGUUUGCUAUUGAACUAAACGAGCUGGAUCCAGUAAUGAAAGAUUUUCUUCCAAUGACGGAUGCAAGAUUUAGGCCGGAUCAAAGAUUACUUGAAGAAGGGAAUGUAGAAGCAGCAGCUAUGGAAAAACAAAGAAUAGAAGAAUUACAAAGGACUCGGAGGAAAAUGUUGGAGGAGGAUCACUCAGAAUAUGUACCAAAAUAUUUCCGGAAGAUUACAGAUGCACACCAGAAGGAGACGUGGAUUUCUAAUGACACCUACUGGGAAUUACGGAAGGACCCUGGUUUUAGCAAACUUGAUUUACCCACUCUUUGGUGAUUUUAGAAUAUAGAUUUGAUAAAGCUAUUAUUCUACCAUCAGAUAACUAUGCACAAUUCAUUUUCAUACUGCUACAAAACAAUAUUUUGUUUUUGCAAUGCUGUAAAUCAUGACAUAUGCUUUUAUAUUCAUUUUUUAAAAGAAAUUUGCUGCCGUAAUGUUAUAACUUAGGACUGUAUCAGAUUUGCUGCAUUUGUACAGUUGUGGAAACUAUUUCUGUACACUGAAAUACGUUUGAUAUUUGCUGCUGAAUGUUAUCCAAAGUUGUUUAACAAACUAACCAAUGCUGAAAGCUUUUUAAUAUCAACCCCCAGAAUCCCUUCAUGCCCACCCAGCCUACAUUUCAGUAAAGUGCAUUGCAAACAACUAUUGCAGUAAAAAAACUUUUAGAAACACAGAAAAACAAUACAUUUUUCAUACAAAAAGAAAAAAUAAUGAACCAAUCUUUCUAGAAACCAUUAAUUUUCUAUUCCAAAAAUGGGAAGAAUCGUGGUACUAAUCGGUUGUAUAAACUAAAAAUUGCUUAGUUCAUUUGCAAAACAGGCAGAAAAGUGUCUUGGUCGUACAUGUAUUUGGAAAUAUAUCAUGUGUUUGUAUAUUUAUUUUAGUUUUUUUCUUCAUAUGUGUGUUAUUAUUUAAUUUUACAAUAGGAAUGUACUCUAGAAUUGUAACCCUUCCGAUCUGUGUUAUUAUUUUAUUUUACAAUAGGAAUGUACUCUAGAAAUGUAACCCUUGGAAUGAUAGAGGACACAUCCCCAUCACUGAAAGGGUUACAAUUAAGUAUUCUGGGCCUUUCAGUACUUUAGACCAUCAACAAUUUCAGUGCUCCAGUAAAACUAAUGUAUGGAA